AAGCCGAAAUCUCAACCGAAAGAAUUGAAGAUCGAUACUUCAAUAAAAUUUGGGGAUCAACUAUUACUAAUUGACCAAUUCCCCGACUCUCCUUCGACUGCAUACUCCAAAUCUCCUACCAUAUAUUCCAAUUCUCCCACAGUAUACUCCAAAUCUCCUUCUAUAACAUACUCCAAAUCUCCUUCUACGCACUCCAAAUCCUCAUCUACACACUCCAAAUCUUCAUCUACACACUCCAAAUCUCCCUCCAUCACAUACUCUAAAUCUCCUUUAUUUUCACGGCAAGCAGGAACCGAUAUAAAAUUUAUCAUCCCACCGGAAAUUUUUAUAGAAAUAUGUUUGCAUCUUCCCCCACAAGAUCUCUAUUCACUCUCGACAGUAUGUAAAUACUUUCGGGAAAUUUUAUGGUCGACUUCGACGGCGACACAAACCAUUUGGAAACGUUCUAGGAUCCAACAUUUGUCGUAUCCGAGAUUACCUCCUCCUUUUGACAUGUCAGAACAAGAAUAUAUUUGGUUGACUUUACUGCCCAAAAUUUGUCAAUUUUGUUCUAAACCUUAUAAACAAUGCUUGUAUGAUGUCUGGCCAUCAAGAAUUGUGAGUUGUGAAUCGUGUUUUCGUAAAAAUACCAUUCAUACCAU